GACACUAUCUAUACGAAGCUUAUUGUUCAAAUUAAAACCUGUGAAAUAUAAAGAAGUUUUUUUUAUUAUUUUUUAAGCUACAAAGUUUUUUAUAAUUCCUCAAAUAUGUGACGUAUUCAAAAUUACUAUAGUUUAGUUGACAAAAACGAUCAUUUUAAUAACCUAUUUAAUGCAAAAGUGUUCUCUUCUAUCAAUCUCAAAUCUCAAAAUUGAAGCUUUUCAAGGUUGAAAAAAGAGCAAUAAUAAACUAAAUGACUCUAUUACACUCCAAAAACCCCUCAUUGAUUUUGACAAGUGCUUCAGAUAAAGAUCAAGCAAACUUGAAAAUUAUUAAUUAUAGAUUAAACAAUAAGCACCGACCGCAUAAAAAGCCAACUUGACAAUUAUUAGUUAUAUAUUAAACAAUAAACAAGGACCGCAUAAAAUGCCAGUUUUAGAUUUUAAAUCAAUCUUUUCUUUCUCCCUGGUUUUGUAGUUUAUUAUAUUGUUCGUAUUCUGCUUUACUUUUAAAUUUAUAAAUCACCAACUGUAUUACAUAUUCAUAUAGCCUACGGUACCAAAGGAGAAGCAUUUUUUUUUUUUAAAUAAUUUCUACCACUUUUCAUUUUAUUAUAAUCAGAACAGCGUGACCGAGUCAAAUAUGUAGUGCUAAAGUUGGUCUUUCUUGCUAGUGCUAAGCUUAAUUAAUUGUGGAUAUGCAGUAAAGUGUUACUCUUUUCGUGAUAACUUUAAUUAAUUUUCUCCAUCAUUCUUCACUGAGGAGAGAGUUUCGAUUGUCAUCUCUGAGUGUAUAUUAAUAGACAAAAAAAUCAAGCUAAUAAAACUUUAAUUUUCCCAUCGAAAUUUUCCUUUUACUUGUGGAGUUGCAGCUGUUUAUAGCAAGCAUGUCUUCUUCUUCUCUUUCUCUUGAAGAAAAACACGAUGUGUUUCUCAGUUUCAGAGGUGAGGACACACGCAACACAUUCGCUAGCUAUCUUUAUGCAGCUUUAUCGGCAAACCAAAUCUUAACUUUCAUGGAUCAUGAGCUUAAGAGAGGGGAUGAAAUUUCACCAACACUAAGCAGAGCCAUCAAAGAAUCCAAGAUUUCGGUGAUCAUCUUCUCGGAAAACUAUGCUUCAUCCACAUGGUGUUUGGAUGAACUUGUGCAUAUACUUGAAUACAAGAAAAUAAGAGGCCUGAUUCUUAUUCCAAUCUUUUAUGGCAUAGAUCCAUCUGUUGUACGAAAACAGGAAGGGAGUUACAAAGUUGCAUUUGAUUCACAUGAAAAAAGUUUCAAGGAUAGAAUUGAGAAGGUGAAUCAAUGGAGAGCUGCUUUAACAGAAGCAUCCAAUCUAUGUGGAUUGGAUUCAAAGGAUUUCAGGCCUGAAAAUAAGUUAGUUCAAAAAAUUGUUGAAGACAUUUCAUUAAAAUUGUCAAAAUAUCUAUCAUUGGAUGAGAAUAUCAAGGGACAGCUCAUUGGAAUUGAAAAGCAUAUCAAAGAAAUUGAAUCACUAUUAUCCAAUGGCACAAAAGCUGUUUGCAUCAUGGGUAUUUGGGGCAUGGGAGGUAUUGGUAAGACCACCCUUGCUAUAUAUUUAUUUCAUAAUUUAUCAUCUUCUAAUAAUUUUGAAGCUUGUUGUUUUCUUUGGAAUGUUAGAGAAGAAUAUGGAAGAUUCGGAUUAGAUCAUUUGAGAAGGAAACUUGUAUCUAAUUUAUUAAAUGUUGAAGCUAAUGUAAAGCUGGAUACCUUAGGUGUAGCAUCACCUUUUAACCUUUACAGAAUUCGACGUAAGAAGGUACUGGUUGUUUUGGAUGACGUGGAUAGAUCAAUCCAAUUAGAUGCUUUAGUUGAAGGAUAUCGCCAACUUUCAUGUGGAAGUAGAAUCAUUGUUACAACUAGAAAUAAGCAAGUGCUUGUAAAAGAAGCAGACUAUAUUUACAAGGUUGAGAGGUUAAAUCACAUCGAAUCUCUUAAGCUCUUCCAUUUGCAUGCUUUUAGUAAAAAUUCUACAGCAGUGGAUGACAAAAUGGUGUUGGAAGUGAUAAAUUAUGCAAAUGGCAAUCCAUUAGCUCUGAAGGUCUUGAGUUCUUUCCUUUGCUCUAGAAGUAAAAAUGAUUGGGAAAGUGCAUUGAAGAAGUUGGAAAGAUUUCCAAACCUGGAAAUUCAAGAUGUGUUGAGAAUCAGUUAUGAAGGACUAGAUGAUAAAACGAUCAAGGGUACAUUUCUUGACAUUGCUUGCUUAUUUGAUUCAUCUUUUACAAGAGACCAUGCAGAAAGCAUAUUAGAUGAUGGUAAUUCGUCUAUAAAAAUAGAAAUAAGUGUUCUCAUUGACAAGUGUUUAAUUGAAGAUAUUGGAAGUCACAUGUACAGGAACAACGAGCUACUAUAUGUGCACGAUUUGCUGCACCAAAUGGGUCGGGCAAUUGUACGUGAUGAAGAUAAAGAACUGGUAAUUGUAGUAGGUUGUGCGAUGCCAUGGAAAUCUGCGAGGUAUUGGAAAAUAAUACGGGGACCAAAGCAGUUGAAGUCAUAUCAUUCAACAUGUUUGAUACUAAAAAAAAUGUGAAAGUGUGUCAUGAAGCCUUCUCAAAUAUGCGCAACCUACGAAUUCUCAAAAUUUAUCAUAGGGAUGAUGCUUGUAUUAGUAACAAGUUCAAACUGUCCAUUCCUCAAGACCUUGAUUCUUAUCUUUCUAAUAAGCUAAGGUCUUUUCAGUGGGACCUUUACCCUUUGAAAUCAUUGCCAUCAAACUUUAUUCCUGAGAAUCUUGUUGAACUUGUACUUCGUGGCAGCCACGUUGAAAAGCUUUGGAAUAACCGUAAAAUUCAGAAUCUUCCGUUCUUAAGAAGGAUUGAUCUUAGUUAUUCCAAGUUCCUUAGUCAACUACCCGAUUUGUCGCAGGCUCCAAAUUUGGAGAGUAUAAAUCUUGAAGGCUGUACAAGCUUGGUUCAGGUUCUUU